AUGGCCGCUCGUAUUCGAGCGUCUUUUACUGAUGAUGACUCAUUGAGUGACCACUUAACUCUGGAAAUGGUUCGCAUAAGUGCACCACAAACAACAGCCUUAACAACAAAUAAUGAUCCUGACGAACGACUACCAUUGAAUGACUCAAUAGCAAUAACUGAUGGUGGUGUACCAACGACAACGAAUCAUCUUUCAACUUGUAAUUCAGGCCUAAUGGAAGGUGUCAAUCCGGAAUAUGAAAUUCCGAAUUUAUUUACGUACAAACGAAUCGAAUCAUUACUGGAACGAAUGCAAGACGAUAAUACUGGUUUGCCGAUCAAAUCCGUCAAGAGUUUCAUGUCAAAAAUUCCCAGCGUUCUGACUGGCGGCGAUUUAAUCCAGUGGAUAUUGAAAACACUCGAUGUGGAUGAUACAGCCGAAGCACUUCAUCUGGCCAAUCUGAUAUCGUCUCAUGGCUAUAUUCUUCCGAUUGAAGAUCACGUAUUAACCGUGAAAAAUGAUGGAACAUUCUAUCGGUUUCAAACACCUUAUUUUUGGCCAUCAAAUCACGGCGAAGCAGAUAACAUUGAUUAUGCUGUGUACUUAUGUAAACGAACCAUGCAGAACAAAACACGUUUGGAGCUAGCUGAUUAUGAAGCUGAGAAUCUAGCUCGACUACAGAAACUAUUUGCUCGGAAAUGGGAAUUCAUCUAUAUGCAAGCUGAAGCUCAAAUCAAAAUUGAUAAAAAGCGAGAUAAAUUCGAGCGUAAUGUUCUCGAUUCCCAGGAACGUGCUUUCUGGGAUGUUCAUCGACCAGCGCCUGGUUGCAUCAAUACAACAGAACAGGACAUAAAAAAACUAAUGCGAAGAAAAAUAUCCUAUAUCACGCCACGUCUACUAAUUGAUGCUUAUCGAAAAGCAACCACAGUCUCAACAAUAAACACUGCUCCAGCGUCGGCAUUAGCAUUUGCUGCUAAUAGAAAUUUGAUAACUAUGACUGUUGGCCUGUUGACAACCGGACCAACAGCAGCAACGACUAGUCCCAGUCCAUCUUAUAAUCUACCACAGAUACGACCAUCGUUACUAUGUCAAUGUGAUGAAAAUGUCCUGAGAGAACAAAUGUUUCAAGAAAUUGAAUUUCUCAAACACCGAAUUGAUAGACGCUGUUUGAAAACGUCUAAAGUUUGUGAAACGUUUGUUUCCUAUUUUGAACAAUAUGCAGAGUUCGAUCCAUUUAUAACUCUGUGUGAACCAUCAAAUCCAUGGAUAACCGAUUCAAUGGAUCUAUGGGAAUUAGAGAAAGCCGGUAAUCCCAAAGAUAUUUCAUCAAGACGUGUCAAACGCUGGGGAUUUUCAAUCAAUGAAUUACUAAAAGAUCCCAUCGGUCGAGAUUAUUUCUGGAAGUUUCUUGAUAAAGAAUAUUCGAGUGAAAAUCUGCGUUUCUACGAAGCAUGCAUUCAAUUACGUUUUCAUACGCCUCAAAACGAUGUUCUUAAUCGUGUCAAGGAAAUCUACAAUGAAUUCCUGUCACCAGGUGCUUAUUAUUCUAUCAAUAUUGAUCAACGUGUCAUGAAUUUAACUAAAAACAAUAUGGCUAAUCUCCCUAAUCGAUAUACAUUUGACGAAGCUCAGGAUCAUAUCUUUAAUUUAAUGAAUCGUGAUACAUACGCUCGAUUUUUACGUUCGGAGGCGUAUAAAGAACUGUUAGCAGGAGGCAAAAAGAAACUUGGAAUUAAACCUGGUCGUCUAUCAAUUGUCAUUCGAAAUCCAACUGAAAGUUUUUCAAAUAGUGGUAGUGCUCUACUCUCCGGUGGCAGUAUCGACAAGCAUCUACUUGGAUCUAGUCUUCGUUAA